AUGAGCCUAAAGCCUACUGCACAAGGAGUUAUUGUAAGUUUAGUUUAGACACAAGUUGAAACGAUUUAUUAAAAUUUGGUCGGUUUUCAGAUCCCAACAACUUCUGUUCAAAUGAAUCCAACAACUUCGAAAGGAAGAUUACCGUUGCCUAUGAAAAAGUGAGUAAUGUGAGAAAAUUGCAACGAACUGGCUGAAUUUGUCGUUUUCCAACCCCAUAUUUUCAGAAAAACAAAUGCGCUGAAAUAUGACAAACAAGUGAAUAUUGAUGAAAUGGACUUCAAAAAAUCCAAUAUCUUGAAUUUUUUUCAAUCUUGAUUUUUGCAGUCUGACAAACGCAGUACUGAUUUAACACAAUUUGUUCAACCUAUCUCAAUCACUGUUGAUACGUUUAAAAAUGAUUCUGACGUAUAUUUGGCGUUUUCUUUGCAUUAUUUCAAUGAUGCCACUGCUGCUCGUGAAAAUACUGUGAAAUUCAUGAAAAUGAGCUCGUUGGAGUGAGUUCACAUUCGAAAAUAAUUUUUUCAAAUUGCAUAUUUUUCCAGAAUUGAUCCAGUUUUGAUUCUCCAUGAAAUUCGAUAUUCGGCAAAUGAGUAUUGUGCAAAGAAAAUCAGAUUUCCGAGUUUGGUCACUUCUAACCCGGAAAUUGCUCAAUAUUUCCACGAAGUUGGUAUCAUUGAUAGGAGUUAUGAUUGUUAUUUCUCUCAUAUCACCAAAUUUGCCGAUGAGCUUCUCAAAAUUCCGGAAUUUGAAAUAGCUCUUGAUGUAUUGGAGAACUUCUUCAUGGGUGUUAAGAAUGAUAACAAUUUCCAAAUGCAAAUUCAAAAGUGAGUUUGAAGAAAUCAAAAUGUUUUGAUACAUUUGUAGUAUUUUCAGAUACUUUAUUGCUAACAAGACACAUUUUGACUUUCCGAAAAUCCAACUAAAAAAAAUGGACAGAUGUUUCGGAAUUUUUGUCAGAUGUUUUACAAUAUGUAAGUUCCUAUUCAGAUUUUCAUGAAACCAAUGUUUCUUACAGCACCAAUGGAUGGCAGAAUUAUCACUUCGAAGUGUUGUACACAAAGCAUACAUUGAUGAAAUUGCAUAUGAUCAGCUUAUGAUCCUCCAACCAAUUCUAGCAUGUUUGAACAGUAGUGUUAAAGAACUUUCGAAGUCUGACAGUUAUGUUUCACAAGUUAUUCCACAAUUGGUCCGAAUUCAAAAACUUAUAUUAAAGUGAGUUGAGAAAUUGUAAUUUUGUUAAAAUUUUCAUAUCACUGGCAAAAUACGACUGGUGGGGAAAAAAAUUAGGAAAAAAAAUUGUUUUUUAAAUUUUUUAAAAUUCAUUUUUUUCUUCAAGAUUUGAAAUCAAAUCGAAAUUUUUGAUUUUCUAUUAUUUAAGCUCUUUUUUUCGACUUUUCUUUAUGGAGUGAUUCAGGUCGAAAAAAAACUUUUAAAAAAUGUUUUUUAGUUUUUUGACAUUUGCUGAAUCGAAAUUUUUUGUAAAAAAACGUUUUUUAAAGUUUUUUUUCGACCUGAAUCAUCACCCCAUCAGCUUUUCCCCGAGAUUUUAAUUCUAAUGGCAAAAUUUUGAAUUUUUUAAAUUUUUGCAAAAAAAAAUUUUCGCAGGGCUGCUGCAGAUCUGCGAAUUUUUUUGAAAGCUGCAGCAGACGCGCAGCAGGCACUCAUUGCUUAUAGAUCUGCAGUAGGCCUGCAGCACGCCAAUCGUAUUUUGCCAGUGAUAAUUCAGAGAUUUGGGCAAUGAAACUUUGAGUAAACAAUUGGAGGCUGCGUUUUUGAAAACUCUUGAUCCAUUAUUGCACGGUUAUCAAAAUGGAAUUUAUGAUCUUGCGACUUUCCUUGAUCCGCGUUAUUCUCUGGAAACCGAUAUUUUGAGUUAUGAUAAAUGGCAGGAACUUGCAGAAUUCACCAAAAACUAUAUCAGUAUGUUGUUUUAUAACCAGUAAAUUCAUAUCAUUCGAUGUUUUUAGUGAAUUCAAGUAUUGGAUCAAGAUUGUCAAACCGCGAAAAGAAAUCCAAAAUCGAUGUAGAAAUGUAUAAUUUCCAAAGUAUCGUCAAAAAACAACGACCAGCAACACAUCCAUUCAAUUGGUGGAAAGUGUAUUCAAAACGAUUCGCAUUUUUAUACGAUGUUGCCAAGACAUUCAUCACACCUCCUCCGUGUGCAAUUGAUGUUCAACAAUAUUUCGGUGCGAAUGGAAAAUAUAUACGGAAUGAAAGUAAAUUGCCAUUGAAGCAAUUUAAUAAUAAUUUGAUGAUUGCGGCAUCGUUGGAAACUUUUAGAGGACGAGGUUAUACUGAUAAAUAUAAUGAGCUUGAGCCAAUUGCGAUUAAUCAAGGUUUAUUGAUGAAUAUUCAUCAAGCGGUGAAAACUCCAGUUAUCAAGAGAAAAAAUAUAGACACUUCUAAUGCAAUUGUAUCAGUUACUCAAUCUUAUAUUAUUCAAACAUCUAAUCCAGCUCCAGCUUCUGCUCCUGUUUUGUGAGUUUUGAUUUUUUCAAUGGUAGAAUCAGACCUGGGAAUUUUUUACGUGGCACCGUAAAACGUAAAAUGGGUAUUUUACGGUUCUAGAAAACCGUAAAAUACCGAAAAAAUCGUAAAAUUUUGUUACUCAACCUUUUCCCUGAAUACAUCAACAAAUAUUCUUUAAAAUUUGGAAGUUGGUAACUUAGCGUAACUCCAACAUCAUUUAAACAAUUUAAUUCCUCAUAUCCACCAAAAAAAUAAUUUAAUUAGGAUUCUAUUUGAAAAAAUCUGUGUUUUCUUUGAAGUUUUAAUUUUAUUUGUUUUACGAAUUAUUUUACGAUUUUUCGAGCCGUAAAAACCGUAAAACGAAAAAUUUCCCAGGUCUGGGUAGAAUAUUUUUCUUUUUUUUCAGACCAAAUGCUGAAACACUUGAUCCAGACGAAGGUUUCGAUCUAUCGAAAUAUUUGAUGCAGCCACCAGAUGUGAAGCAAGAACAAUUCAAUGAAAUGUUAGUUCAAGACUCACAUCAAUUUGUUUUCCCGUUAUUAACAAUAUGUUUUUUUUUUCAGUGGUUUGAGCGCUGAAGUGAAACCAGAAUCAUUGUUGAUACCAUCAAAUGAGGAAGAUCUUGUUGACGUGAAACCUGAGCGAAUUGAGAUCACACCAUCCACAUCCACAGCCACACACGUAAAACCGAAGUCGAUUUAUGUUAGUACACUCGGAGCAUCGCCAACAUAUACGAGGGAAAUUCAGCGAGCUGCCGAUAAACGGGUUUUCAUCAAAGUUCCUGUAGAAGAACAACCUACAAAUGUAUCAAUGUUAGUUAUUUUCAGAUUUUUGAUUUAUUAAAUUCAAAUUUUUUCAGUGAUUUUGUCCCCUCUACAAGUGGUCAACCUCGCCAAGUCAAAAGAACCUAUGAUUCUGUUCCGACGACGCAAGGUAUUGUGAUUGAAUCGAAAAAACGGUAUAAAAGAGUUUGCACGAAUUUUGAGACGGAAAAUGGUGUUAUUUGUAAAGAGUGAGGAGUUUUCUCAAAAAAUCUCCUAAUCUUUAAUUUUCCAGAAGAAUUUAUCCAUUUUCAACGCCCACAAGUUUGGAAAGUAUAACUAUUGCGAGACCACAAAAAAUCCGCAACACUCCAACUGGAAUCUAUCCAAAUGCAGAUCUGUGA